AUGCCCGAAGGCGCCCACGGCGCCUGUGAUCGGACCCACUUUGGGCCAGUCCGCCGCAUCGAUCGAUCAGCCCAACAGGCAUCUUUAUUCAGCAGGCUCGUGCAAUUAUCGACCGCAGACGCUCUGACGAGGCGAGACUUGUUCACGCAUGACGGCAUGCCCUCGCUUUGCUGGCCUAUGCUAACUGGCCGCAAAAGUAGCCAAUCAUGUCCACGCUUUGUCAGGCGACCGAACCGCCCUCAGGGACUAACCAGCUCUGGAGUGUCAUCGAGACUCCUAUCUAGCGUCGAGAAAAGCGCACACCUCGGUCCUCGUUGUUGUGACGCCGGCAGACGAAAACAGACUUAA